CCAGCGGAGGAUUAGCUGGAAGCAGCACACCACUCAUACAGUCCAUCUUCGCUUUCUCUCUCUUACCGUUUCUACCUUUUCACACGCACAGUCUACACACACUCUCUCUCUCUCUCCCUCCCUCCCUCAUCUCUCUCCGCCGUGCUGAAGAAGAAACGCAACGGCCGCCAUUUUCCGUUCUCUUCUCCUUCUCCGUCUGAAUGUGGCUCUGAAGAAGAAGCACAACGCUUGAUCUGCAUUUGCUGUCUCUAAGAAGCCACCGACAUGCUUCCUUUUGCCGCCAUUUUUCUUCUAUUGUUCUUCCUGUUUGGUGCAGAUCACACUGUGUACUCUUCCUCUGCCGCCGCCGUCGCUGUUCGCAACCGCCGCGUUCUCCACCAGCCAUUUUUCCCGGUAGAUUCUACUCCUCCUGUUCCUUCGCCGCCGGCGCCUACCACUCCCGACAUCCCAUUUUCCACUCCUGCCCCUGCCAAUACUCCCUUCUUCCCUUCGUUCUCUUCACCGCCUCCUCCGCCGGUCCCGUCUGCGUUCGCUACCUUACCUGGGAACACCGCAUCGCUUAGCAUCCCUCGUGCUUCCGAAUCCAAGUCGGUGUCCUCGAAGCUCGUCGCCACCGCCGUCGCCUGCGUCAUCGCCGCCGUCGUUGUACUCUCCGUCGCCGGCUUCCUGCAUUUCCGGAAGAAGCGGAGGGGUUUGUCUCCGAGUGAAUCCAAAACGCACAGAUCCGAUAGCAGUAGUCGGUACAAUUUUGGUAAUAAUGCGGGUUCCGGUUCUAACCCUGUUGUUCCCAAGCUCGGGAGACCGUCUCAGCCCAGCUCGGAGUUUCUGUACUUAGGCACUAUGGUAAAUUCACAUGGAGGCAUUGAAUCGCACGUGCAGCACCACGUGCCGAGCAGUACCACCACUAGCGCGACAACUUCGAGAAAAAUGGACUCGCCGGAGCUCCUCCCCUUGCCGCGGCUUCACGGCGGCUGUUUCAGCCAGAAUUACACGAAUGUAGAGCGGGAGCUCGUCGGAGAUGAAGAGGCUGAGGAGUUUUACUCCCCGAGAGGAUCGUCGGGAGGUAGAGAGAAUUCGACCGGAACUGGAUCUGCUUCUCGGAGAGGUUUCGCAGCGAUAGAUGCCGAGAAUUUCGGCGGGUCCAGUUCAUCUUCAUCUUCAUGCUCGUCAUCUAGUUCGGGGUCGGGCUCUCCCAGGAGGUCUGUUUCGCUGAGCAUUUCGCCUCCGCAGAGUUUAAGCCCGAAAAGCUCAAUUCCCAAGUCGCCAGAAUUGUUUGCUGUUCAAACCCUUCCUCGCGCACCGGCUCCUCCUUUACCCGCGCGCUUUCAGAUGCAAUCGGUGAAUGCCAGAGAUUCUCAAUCGCCGUCCCCAACCAGUUCAUUCUCGCCGGAGAGAGAUUCAGUCAGAAGCAUGGAUUCAUCUCCGAGAAUUUCCGGUAUUUGGGAUCAAAAUAUAGACUCUUCUUUAAGAAUCAACAGUCGGAAUCUGAAAUCUCCAGGGAAAACUAGCAGUCCAAGCUUGGAUACCCCUGUGAGAGUUAGCAGCGGCGGAAUGGAAUCUCCGGCGAGCGCUAGCAGCCCAGGUGUUGAGUUUCCUGUGAGAACCAGCACCCCUCUACAACCGCGUCUCCCUGUUUCUGCUCCACAGCCGCCUGUACCGCCACCACCGCCGCCUGUACCGCCUAUUAGUAUUCUGUCUCGUCCACCACCCCCACCUCCUCCAACUAAACGCCUGCAAACUCCAAUUGCUCCAAUCUCUCAGUCUCCACAGCUCAAGUCUCAACCACCACUAAUGAUGGCUCCUUUAAAUCCCAUUGGAACUGCAGAAAGCUUUUCUAGUGACAAUGUUGAUGAGAAAAAUGAGGGGACACCAAAGCCAAAAUUGAAGCCAUUGCACUGGGAUAAAGUGAGAGCAAGCUCUGACCGCGAAACAGUGUGGGAUCAACUGAAAUCAAGUUCCUUCAAAGUGAAUGAGGAGAUGAUUGAGACGUUAUUCAUUGUUAAUACUCCAAAUUCAAAGCCAAAGGAAACAACCCCGCGCUCAAUUCUUCCAUCGCCCAGCCUAGAACACAGGGUGCUUGAUCCAAAGAAGUCACAGAACAUUGCAAUCUCACUGAGGGCCCUAAAUGUCACCAUUGAAGAAGUUUGUGAAGCUCUUUUAGAAGGAAAUGCGGAUACCCUUGGAACUGAGCUUCUUGAGAGUUUGAUGAAGAUGGCUCCAACGAAGGAGGAAGAGCGUAAGCUUAAAGAGUGUACAGAUGAUUCACCAUUCAAGCUUGGACCAGCAGAGAAGUUUCUGAAGUCGGUGCUUGAUAUACCUUUUGCAUUCAAAAGAAUAGAUGCAAUGCUCUACAUUUCAAAUUUUGACUCUGAGGUUGACUACCUCAAAAAGUCAUUUGAAACUCUUGAGGCUGCCUGCGAGGAGUUGAGGAGCAGUAGGAUGUUCUUGAAGCUCCUGGAGGCUGUUUUGAAGACCGGCAACCGCAUGAAUGUUGGGACAAACCGUGGAGAAGCACAUGCAUUCAAGCUUGAUACUCUCCUCAAGCUGGUUGAUGUGAAAGGGGCUGAUGGAAAAACAACGCUCCUGCAUUUUGUUGUUCAGGAGAUAAUAAGAAGUGAAGGCGCUCGUCUUUCCACUGCAAACAAAGACGAAAAACCAACUCUCAAUGAUGAUGUGAAGUGCAGGAAGCUUGGCCUCCAGGUUGUUUCCAGCAUCACUUCAGAGCUAACAAAUGUGAAGAAAGCUGCUACCAUAGAUUCGGAAAUCCUCCAUAGUGAUGUCUUAAAGCUCUCCAACGGCAUUGGGAAGAUUGCAGAAGUUGUACGAUUGAUUGAAAGCAUGUCAUUGAACAAAAUCAACUGCCAAAAGUUUUCCGAAUCCAUGAACAGGUUCACAGAAACAGCCGAGGAGGAUAUUAUAAGGCUCCAGGCCCAAGAAAGCGUGGCUCUGUCUCUAGUGAAGGAGAUUACUGAAUACUUCCAUGGAGAUUCUGCUAAAGAAGAAGCUCACCCUUUCAGAAUCUUCAUGGUUGUGAGAGACUUCCUGAUGACACUCGAUCGCGUGUGUAAAGAAGUUGGAAUGAUAAACGAGCAGACAGUAGUAUGUUCUGCUUAUAAAUUUCCAGUUCCAGUAAACCCCAUGCUGCAACCACUUAUUGGUGGAUUCCCUUGGAGAGGGCAGUCCAGUUCCUCUGGUGAAGAAAGCUCUUAGCAUGAUGAACUUUGAUCAGUAUCAUUAUUAUUUCUUCCCACUCGAGCUGAUAUGAAACCUAACCUUAGCCCAAAUUGUGCAUUCAAGGUUUAGAAAUUUGUAAUUUUUUGGAAAUUUUGUAUUCAUAAUAGAAAUACUACGCAAUAGAUAUCAUGUAAAGAGGAUUUAGAAACUGUUGCCAUACAUGUAAACAGAGCAGAUAAAUCUUUGCAGGAGAAUAACACAAGUGCCUCCAUGUACCUUCUUCUUGUCA